CUGUUUCUGUGAAAACAAGGGUUGUAAGGGAAUGAGAAGGAAGACAAUGAAGAAAAACCGACCUGGAGAAAACCCCAGUCCCAAGCGUUUUCCUGAGAACUGACUGGUGUUUUGGGGCUGAGUGAUUCCGGCGGAGGCGGAGGAGGGAGCAAGCCUGCCCGCUCCGCGGGGGACUUCCCAGGACCGGCUAUUCCCUUCGGAUGCGGAGUGAGAAACCUGUAGGAAAUUCUCCCGCCUCCCUACGAAGCCACCAUGAAUUCAGUGGCUGGAAAUAAGGAGAGGAUUGCGGUCACGGCUCGGAGCAGAAAAUACGGGGUGACCGACCCCUGCUCCCCCACCAAGCCCGCCGCUCCCUUCUCCCCCGAGAGCUGGUACCGGAAGGCGUAUGAGGAGUCCCGGGCGGGCAGUCGCCCGGCGCCGGAGGGAGCCGGCUCUGCCCUGGGCUCCUCCGGCACCCCGUCCCCAGGCUCCGGCACAUCCUCGCCGGGCUCCUUCACCGGCUCGCCGGGACCCGCCUCGCCCGGCAUCGGCACCAGCUCCCCCGGCUCGCUGGGCGGCUCGCCGGGCUUCGGCACCGGCUCGCCGGGCUCCGGCAGUGGCGGCGGCUCCUCGCCGGGCUCGGACCGCGGCGUCUGGUGCGAGCACUGCAACGCCCGCCUGGCGGAGCUGAAGAGACAGGCGCUGAAGCUCCUCAUCCCCGGGCCCAUCAGCAACAAGGACCUGGGUUUCUCUUCAGUGAUUCAUGAGAAGCUUCAAGUUCCCAAUACCAUUCGUAAGGCAUGGAACGAGAAGGACAACAGAUGUGAUGUUUGUGCCACACACCUGAACCAACUGAAGCAAGAGGCCAUUCAGAUGGUGCUGACCUUAGAGCAAGCUGCCAACUCAGAACAUUACGAUGCCUCGCCAGGCUCUCCCCCACCUCUCUCCAAUAUCCCCACGUUAGUGAGUCCCCGGCACAUGGGCAGCCUGCAGCCCAGGGACUGGGCGUACAUGCCUUCUCCUUAUGCUACAUCUAACUAUACAGGCUUUGUUGCCAACAAACACAGUGGAAAACCCAACAGUUUAGGAAUCGGCAACGGGGUGGAGAAAAAAAAUGGCUCUCCUGGACACCAAGCUAAGGUCAGCUUUCAAAUGGCCACCAGCCCCAGCAACGGUAAUGUUCUCAACUCUGUGGCCAUCCAGGCCCAUCAGUACCUUGACGGCACUUGGUCUUUGUCAAGAACGAAUGGAGUCACUCUAUAUCCCUACCAAAUAUCUCAGCUUAUGACAGAGACUAGUCGAGAGGGCUUGACUGAAGCAGCAUUGAACCGCUACAAUGCAGAUAAACCCUCCCUGUACAGCUUCCCUGCUUCCCAGAGCACAUAUGUUGCCAGUGAAGUAUCCACAGGCACCUCAGUGGCAGCAUCAUUUUUUGCCAGAGCUGCUCAGAAAUUGAACCUGUCUUCCAAAAAGAAGAAGCACAGGCCUUCUGCAUCGUCUGUUCCUGAAUCUCCUCUCUUCUCUACCUGCUUCAGCAGUAUUCUUCAGACUUCCCCACCACCUGCACCACCAUGUUUGUUGAGGGCAGUCAGCAAAGUGAAAGACACCCCUGGUUUGGGCAAGGUCAAAGUCAUGGUGCGCAUUUCUUCCACACUUGCCAGAGAUACAUCUGAAUCCAGCUCUUUCUUAAAAGUUGACCCUCGUAAGAAGCAAAUCACACUCUAUGACCCGUUGGCCUGCGGAGGUCAGAAUGCUUUCCAGAAAAGGGGAAACCAGGUUCCACCCAAGAUGUUUGCUUUUGAUGCAGUUUUCCCCCAAGAUGCAUCACAGGCUGAAGUAUGUGCUGGGACUGUGGCUGAGGUGAUCCAGUCUGUGGUCAAUGGGGCAGAUGGCUGCGUGUUCUGCUUUGGUCAUGCCAAGCUUGGGAAGUCAUACACCAUGAUUGGGAAGGAUGAUUCCAUGCAAAACCUUGGCAUAAUUCCUUGUGCCAUCUCAUGGCUCUUCAAGUUGAUUAAUGAACGGAAAGAGAAGACAGGAGCCCGCUUCUCAGUCCGAAUUUCUGCAGUGGAAGUGUGGGGGAAAGAAGAAAAUCUGAGAGACCUGUUGUCAGAAGUGGCUACAGGCAGCCUGCAAGAUGGUCAGUCCCCAGGUGUCUACCUUUGUGAAGACCCCAUUUGUGGCAUGCAGCUUCAGAAUCAGAGUGAGCUCCGUGCCCCUACGGCAGAGAAGGCUGCCUUCUUCCUGGAUGCUGCCAUUGCCUCACGCCGGAGCAGCCAGCGGGACUGUGAUGAGGAGGAUCACCGCAACUCCCACAUGCUCUUCACUCUGCACAUCUACCAGUAUCGCAUGGAGAAGAGCGGCAAAGGCGGAAUGUCUGGAGGUCGCAGCCGUUUGCACCUUAUUGACCUGGGCAGCUGCGUGAAAGUACUCAGCAAAAACCGUGAGGGAAGCUCGGGCCUCUGUCUCUCAUUGCCAGCGCUGGGCAAUGUCAUCCUUGCCCUUGUCAAUGGAAGCAAACACAUCCCAUACAAAGACAGCAAGCUCACCAUGUUGCUUCGAGAGUCCUUGGGGAAUAUGAACUGCCGCACCACAAUGAUAGCUCACAUUUCAGCUACUGCAGGGAACUAUGCUGAGACACUGUCCACCAUCCAGAUUGCAUCACGGGUCCUAAGGAUGAAGAAAAAGAAAACUAAGUACACAUCAAGUUCUUCUGGAGGAGAAAGCUCUUGUGAGGAGGGCAGGAUGCGGAGGCCAACCCAGCUGAGACCUUUCCAUUCUAGAAACACUGUUGACCCAGACUUUCCUAUUUUGCAUUUAUCAAGUGAUCCUGAUUAUUCAUCCAGCAGUGAGCAGUCAUGUGAUACGGUGAUUUAUGUUGGUCCCAAUGGCACUGCUCUUUCUGAUAAGGAACUGACAGAUAACGAGGGUCCCCCUGACUUUGUUCCCAUAGUUCCUGCUCUGCAAAAAACCAAAAAUGAAGGCAGGUUGGAGGAAAUUAGUGAAUCAGGGCCCAGCACAUCUGAAAGAGACUGCCUGAAGUGCAACACCUUUGCAGAGCUCCAGGAGAGGCUGGAUUGCAUAGAUGGCAGUGAAGAGACUGACAAAUUUCCCUUUGAAGAGAUGCCUGCUCAAUUUAGCUCAGACCAGAUGUCUAAGUGCUCUGUCUCAAGCCAGCUGGCAGAACUUAGCCACUUACCAGAGUCAGAUAAGGAAGAUACGAUGCCAGAAUGUCAGCAUCCUGAUAGAGAAGCCAAGGAAAAUAUAAAUGCAACACCCAGCAAAACUAAGAGAAAUCACUCCCCUGUUCCUUCUGGAGCUCUUACUAAUCUUUCAACUCCUUCUUCUCCCAGGAGUGUAACAGGCAGCUCUAGUAAAGAGCUUAGCUCUUGUCAGUUAGCACACAGCACCAGCUUGCAGAGCAGCAGAGAAGGGCUCAACACUUGUGGAUUUGUGGAAGGCAAGCCUCGGCCGAUGGGUUCACCUCGGCUUGGCAUUGCAAGCCUCUCAAAGACAUCUGAGUAUAAGCCACCAACUUCUCCUUCCCAGAGGUGCAAGGUCUAUACACAGAAAGGAGUCCUGCCCAGCUCUACUCCCCCACCAGCUCCCCUGAGUAAGGAUGCUGGGAUGACAUCUAGUGAAUCUUUAUUACAACCAGAAAUUCGGACCCCACCUGUAGGCAUGAGCCCUCAGAUUAUGAAGAAGUCGGUGUCCUCCAGCAAUGGAGAUUUUGAAGAGACUGUUCUCAAUGAAGACCAGCAGCAAAGCAUUUCUCCAGAAUCCAAGAAGGAGAUUCUGAGCACCACCAUGGUGACCGUUCAGCAACCUUUGGAGCUGAAUGGAGAGGACGAGCUGGUGUUCACUCUUGUAGAAGAGCUAACCAUUAGUGGGGUCCUUGACAAUGGGCGCCCAACCAGUAUCAUCAGUUUUAACAGUGACUGCUCAGUGCAGGCUUUGGCCUCUGGGUCUAGACCAGUCAGUAUUAUCAGCAGCAUAUCUGAAGAUCUUGAAUGUUACUCCAGUGCAGCUCCUGUGUCUGAAGUCAGCAUCACACAGUUCCUUCCACUUCCAAAGUUGAGUCUAGAUGACAAAUCCCAAGAUGAUGGCAGCAGGCGCUCAUCCAUCAGCUCAUGGUUGAGUGAAAUGAGCGCAGGGAGUGAUGGUGAACAGUCGUGCCAUAGCUUCAUAGCCCAGGCAUGCUAUGGGCAUGGGGAAGCUAUGGCAGAACCCCCUGUCUCUGAGUUUGCAAGCACCAUACAAAGUGCCAGCAUGAUUUGUGUAAGUGAUAAACAGAAGUCAGUGGCUGACAACAUGCUUAUACUGUCGGAAAUGGGGGAGGAAGCUUUCGGCAAAGUGCCACCCAUCAAAGGCUGUAAAAUAUCAGCUCUAGGAAAAACUACUGUCACAAUCAAAAACACCACAAGCCUUAGCAGCUGUGAAGGCUACAUCCCAAUGAAGACAAACAUUACUGUGUACCCAUGUAUUGCUGUUAAUCCCUUCAAAGCACAAGACACUGAUGAUGCUGUACCGGCAGUAACUGUAGACCCAAAGGUUACUCAUCCCCAUGACAGGAAAGAAUCUAGUGCUAAGAAGGAUAUCAAAUUUGAAGACCCUUGGCUGAAGAGAGAAGAAGAUGUUAAAAAGGACAGCUCUGAGAGCAGUGAUGGGCCAAGGCCUGACACGGCUGUGGUUACAGCCAAGCCCGAGCACAGCACAAAGCAGUCCUCAGUGGACAGGUUUAGCACCAGCAGUGGGGAUACUUCUAUUUCGCCAGGAUCUGACAGUCUAAAAAGGAUUGUGGAUGGGUGUGAGGUGGCAGCAUCUAGCUCUGCAACCCAAAGUCCUGUUCAUUCCAGUGAUGGCUUGAAGAAUUUUAGCCUCCCUCGAGGCCUCCCGAAGGCAAGCAAGGUGGAGGAGUCUGACAGUUAUCUCCAUCCUACGGCCACUGACAGCAGUGGAGUCAGUUCUCCUGCCCUCCUCCUGUUUUCUAAGGCUAGUCUUGACAAGAAAAUGGUAUCUCCCAAACACUGCAUCCUCACUCGUCCCAAAGGGACCCCUCCUCUGCCACCAGUGAGAAAGUCAAGCUUGGAUCAGAAGAACAGAGCCAGCCCCCAGCACAGUGCAGCUAGCAGCACCACGAGCAGUCCCUCCAACCAGACUGUGUCCUUCCUGGCCAGCUUCCCUGAGGAGCUGAAUGCCAAACAAAAGGUCCCUGGCAUUGAUAGCAGUGUCAACAACAGCAGCAGCAAGCUCUUCAGUGCCAAACUGGAGCAGCUUGCCAGCAGGACCAACUCCCUUGGGAGGUCCACAGGAAGCCACUAUGAGUGUUUGUCACUGGAAAGAGCAGAAAGCCUGUCAUCUGUGAGCUCCAAGAUGAGCCCUGGCAGAGACACCACAAUGCCCAGGGCUGGAAGGAGCCUCAGCCGCAGUGCCAUGUCCUCACCCACCAACUCGGGCCUCUCCCAGUCAGCAGGUGCCUCCCCAAAAGCCAGCCAAUCAAAGAUCUCUGCAGUCAGCAAGCUCCUGCUGGCAAGUCCCAAGGCCCGCAGCCUGUCUGCCUCUGCCACCAAAACGCUCAGCUUCUCCACCAAAUCUCUGCCUCAGUCCGUAGGGCAGAGCUCCAGUUUGCCCCCAAGUGGGAAGAACAUGUCCUGGUCAAUGCAGUCCCUCAGCAGAAGCCGGGGCUCCAGCCUUGCUUCCAAAUUGCCUCUUCGGGCUGUCAAUGGGCGGAUUUCAGAGCUGCUCCAAGGGAGUGCCAGUGCCAGAGGCUUACAGCUGCAGGGAAGCUCAGAGGCAGAUGAGCGUGGGGGCCUUCCCGGAGAUGAGAAACCAGCUGUUCACAUGCUGCCUUCACCUUACAGCAAGAUCACCCCUCCUCGGAAACCUCACCGCUGCAGCAGCGGCCAUGGGAGCGACAACAGCAGUGUCCUGAGUGGGGAGCUGCCCCCUGCCAUGGGGAAAACAGCCCUCUUCUACCACAGCGGGGGGAGCAGUGGCUAUGAGAGCAUGAUGAGGGACAGCGAGGCGACAGGGAGUGCCUCAUCAGCUCAAGACUCCAUGAGCGAGAACAGUAGCUCUGCGAGCGGCAGGUGCCGAAGUCUCAAAAAUCCAAAGAAACGAUCAAAUGCAGGUUCACAGAGACGGAGGCUUAUUCCGGCUUUAUCACUGGAUACCACUUCCCCAGCAAGAAAGCCUGCCAACAGCCCUGGGGUCCGCUGGGUAGAUGGGCCACUGCGAAGUGGGCAGAGGGGCCUGGGGGAGCCCUUUGAGAUCAAAGUCUAUGAGAUAGAUGAUGUGGAGAGGCUCCAGCGACGGCGAGGUGGGGACAGCAAGGAGGUGAUAUGUUUUAAUGCCAAGCUGAAAAUCCUGGAGCAUCGCCAGCAGAGAAUUGCUGAGGUCAAGGCCAAGUACGAAUGGUUAAUGAGAGAACUGGAGGUGACAAAACAGUACCUGAUGCUGGAUCCUAAUAAAUGGCUUAGUGAAUUUGAUCUGGAGCAGGUAUUUGAGCUGGAUUCUCUGGAAUACCUGGAGGCCCUGGAAUGUGUGACUGAGCGUUUGGAAAACCGUGUCAACUUCUGCAAGGCCCAUCUUAUGAUGAUCACCUGUUUUGACAUCACCUCUAGACGCCGAUAAAGUAUGAACCUCAAGAGAAUUUUAAUGUGCAUCUCUGCCAUCCUCCUUUUCCCUUCCAAGUAGCAUCCCAAAGACAAAAGAAUGAGGAUGAAGGUUGGAGUCAAGUCUCAACUGUGUGUAUGAGAGAUUUGCUAUACUAUACAGAGGUCUUGUAUUAGAAAAAAACGGGACAAGCAUGAAAAAUGGAGAUAUAAGGUUGUUGAUUCUCUUAGCCUAAAAGAGCACUUUGAGGAACCUUUAAGGAUAUGUCUGUAAAUAAGAACUGCUGGCAGAAGACACUUCUUUCCCUGCAUUAGCUGAGGAAGGAGAAAAGGUGGUUGUAGGACUUCCACUGAGAGGUUCAUUAAAAGAAAACCUAUCCAGAAAAACUGUUUAAGUGCCUUGCAAAUCUUUAUUAUCCAAACAUUUAUGUUCAUACUUUAUUGUGUACAGAUGGUGCUAGUCAAGAAAAGAAAAAGGAAAAAAAACAAAUACACUUUUGAAAUGUAUUUACAGCUUGUUUUUCUCUUGGUGUUUUCUCCUAUUUCAGACUUGCUGUUUCUAGGUAACUUGUGUUUGUAGAGAUAUUUCCUAAUCAGUACAACAUAUGAAUAAAUGUUAACUGUCUUUUCUUGUUACCAGAGUAAGGCCACUCAAAGAGAAAUUCAACUUUCCCAGAUGACACAAAAGUAUUUCUAGCAGAGAGUAAGAUUUGCUUAUAUGUCUUCUGUACUCUCUUAUAUGCUGGAGAACACAGUAAUUUUCCCAGCCUGUAGGUUUUGCAAUGUAUGAGAGAGGAGAAGUGACAUUACUGUGAAGUAAACAUCUUUUCAGUUUGAUCCAACCCCCCCAACUUGUUUUUUUUUUCAUAUUUUUUUUUGCUUUGUACUGGCUGGAGUUAUGAAUGAGGAGGUACUUUUAUCCUAACCCCUUUUUCUGGUGCUAAUAACUUGCUGAAAAAUUAUCCUUUAGGCUUAAUAUUCCAACAGUUAUCAGUCCAAAAAUGAGUGAUUAUUCUGUGAUUUCUUUCUUCAAGCUCUGACUGAUAAAAUUUACCUUCACCUCUUUAUGACAUAUACCACUGCAAAAUAUGUUUUGGCAGCUUUGGAUCCCUGGCCCAGUGUGUCCAUAGUCACAGACAUACCUGAGAAGCUCAGGCUCUACUUAGCUUAGUAUAUCUGGAAAUAAAGUAAAUGAGUAGAUAUAGCACUUCAAGUAUGUUGGCUAUGGCAUCUGCUUCACUAAUCCUCCAGUAUGUGAAGCCAUGGCAAAAUUCACAUUGACGUCAAAAGGACAGGGGCCUGUGCCUCAAUGCACAUCCAAAUGUUUUACUAGUUUGCCUCUUUAUCUACAAAAGAGUACGUGAGAAGGAAAAUCCUUUGUGUUUUAUAAAAAAAAUGUGCAAAAUCUGCAUUUUAAUUACAUAUGGGCAUGAAGCAUUAUUUUGUUGAAUUAGGUUUCUUAUUCCUCUGUAUUGAAAUAAGCCUAUACACAGAAAUUCCUCUUUCACAUACAGUUGUGCCACCCUCCUGUUGCUUGUGAGGAAAUAAGAGCCUCAUUUAAUAUAUACUCAAAAUGCAUCUACUGCUGUACUUACGUGCAACUUUUCUUUUACCUGCAACAUCAGAUUAAUGCUAUCUUACAAUAUCCCAGGCAACAAGUUCCAGUGGAAAAAUAAUACUGAUAGAUUUUCUAGUGGUUAGGUGAAAAAAAAAAAAGCUUUUUUUAAAAAUAGAAAUAACAUUUUUAUAGUUUUAUUUUCAUUUAGUAAUAACAAAUCUUAUUAAUUCUAUUACCCUUGUCACUGGAUUUUGUAGAAGAUUCUUCUUACAAUCUAUAGAAUUACUUGGAGGGGAAAAAAGGUCCUACAUGUAAGUCAGUUUCUACUCUGUUCAAUUUCCUAUCAUGAAACUUUUAUUCCAAGCAAGACAUAUCCCCUUCUCUCUCAAAGGAAAAAACCACCACCACCAAAAACUCAAAACCAAACCAAACCAAACCAAAAAAAAAAACAGCUGCAGGGAGCCAAGGAAAUCGUCUCUACACACAGUCUGAAACUUAUA